GCUGACAGGGGAGGAAUUUGCAUCCUGGAUUAAAAAAAAAAAAAGACCGAGAGGAGCUUGGGAACGGUUGCUAGGGGUGGGUAAAGGGUGAAAAAAGGGGGGCGCCGGGGAGCAGAUAAGGAGGGUUAAGGGAGGGGCGAGGAUGGGGAGCAAUGCAAAAGGUAAGGCCAGGUUACCGCGGCUCGGCCCCGAGUGGGCUGCGGCCGGGGGAGGGGCGAGAGAUACAUAUGUAUUUCUGUCUUCUUAGCACACCCCCUUCCCUAAGCGAUGGCUGAGAGGCGGUGCAUGCAGACGGGGAGUAAGUUUCCUGAAGGGGAGGGUGGAUGCACGCGCGCGGCCCCGCGCUGCAAAUUUCCACCGGGGAGGGAGAGUGGCUGGAUGCGGAGAGUUUGGAGUUGCUUGCGGCGGAGGGCACGAAGGGGAGCAGGGCCGGGAAGGGGGUUGGCGGGCGCUAUCUCUGGGAGUAAGUUUCCAGGAUCAGGAGAGCCUGCACGCUUGCUCGCCACGCUGCUUCUCCCCCAUCUCACCCCCCCAAGCGGAGACUGGUCUUCUUGUCGGAUUGCCCAUGCACUUGUUGCAGAAACAGCCAAGGCCCUGGCUCCGGAGGAUGCUGAAGGAGGAAGACACGAAAGCAGGAAAACCCUGAAAGAUUGAGCCUCUGAAUCCCGAAACAGAACCAGGUCUCCUCUUCCCACCUGCCCAGCAGCAUGAGAGCAGCAUGACCGGCCAGCUGCAGGAGGAGCCCCCAGAGCCAGGCCCCCAACUCGACCAUCUGCUGCGGAGGGCGAGGUGUGAGCGGCAUCUCUUCACCACGGUGGUGUUUGGUCCGUACCGAAGCCCGGGUGGGGAUGUAAAAGCCCCCACUCUGCACAUGAGCGGUGCAGGUCAACAGGAACACCUGGCUCCAGCCACGGUCACAGACAUGUCAGCCGUGGAGUAGUGUGGACGCUUUCUCGCACCUUCUCAGGGUUUCCGUCCUUCUGGGUUUGUUUCACUGACCUUCUUUUAUGGUUUUGAGGCUGGACGUUCACCACCGAGGCCGGCACCAUGGGGGAUCAGCAGCUCUACAAGACCAACCACGUGGCCCACAGCAGUGAGAACCUUUUCUACCAACAGCCACCACUCGGCGUCCACGGCGGGCUGAACCACAACUAUGGGAAUACAGUCACGGGGGCCGGCAUGGAUGCCCCUCAGGCAUCACCCAUUUCCCCCCACUUCCCUCAAGAUACUCGGGAUGGUCUAGGCUUGCCUGUUGGCUCCAAAAACCUUGGCCAAGUGGAGACCUCGAGGCAGGGAGGGUGGGGUGGCCAUCCAGGGCCUGGAAACCACGUCCAGCUCCGUGGCAACCUGACCAACUCAAACAUGAUGUGGGGGGCGCCAGCCCAGGCUGAGCCCUCCGAAGGCUACCAGUACACCUACUCCCAGGCCAGCGAGAUCCGGACGCAGAAGCUCACCAGCGGUGUCCUGCACAAGCUAGACUCUUUCACCCAGGUGUUUGCCAACCAAAACCUGCGGAUCCAGGUCAACAACAUGGCCCAGGUGCUGCACACCCAGUCAGCAGUGAUGGAUGGAACCCCUGACAGUGCCCUCCGCCAGCUGCUGUCCCAGAAGCCCAUGGAGCCCCCAGCGCCGUCUGUCCCUUCCCGCUACCAGCCGGUGCCCCAGCAGCCUCACCCAGGUUUCACUGGCGGGCUGUCCAAACCAGCUCUCCAGGUCGGGCAGCUCCCGAGCCAAGGGCACCUGUACUACGACUACCAGCAGCCACUGGCUCAGAUGCCAGUGCAGGGAGGACAGCCGCUGCAGGGCCCACAGAUGCUGUCCCAGCACAUGCAACAGAUGCAGCAGCACCAGUAUUACCCGCAGCAGCAACAGCAGCAAGCUGGGCAGCAGCGUAUGUCCAUGCAAGAAAUGCAGCCGCAGCAGCAGACUCGCCCGUCACAGCUCCAGCCACAGCCACAGCAGCAGCUGCAGCAGCGGCAGGGUUCCAUGCAGAUACCUCAGUAUUAUCAGUCCCCACCCAUGAUGCAGCACUUGCAAGAGCAGCAGCAGCAACAGAUGCACCUGCAGCCCCCUUCCUAUCACAGGGACUCCCACCAGUACACCCCGGAGCAGGCACACGCUGUGCAGCUGAUUCAGUUGGGCUCCAUGCCCCAGUACUACUACCAGGAGCCCCAGCAACCCUACAGCCACCCCCUCUACCAGCAGAGCCACCUGUCCCAGCAUCAGCAGCGUGAGGACAGUCAGCCCAAGACUUACCCGGGCGAGAGGCAGGCCCAGGCCAUGCUGAGCUCCCAUGGGGACCUGGGGGCGUCUGAUACAGGAAUGGGAGACCCAGCCAGCUUGGACCUGAACCGGGUUAGCAGUGCCCUCCCGCAUCGGCCGCUCUUGUCCCCCAGUGGGAUCCACCUCAACAACGUGGGGCCUCAGCACCAGCAGCUGUCUCCCGGCGCCAUGUGGCCGCAGAUGCACCUACCGGAUGGCAGAGCCCAGCCAGGGUCCCCUGAGUCAAGCGGCCAACCGAAAGCAGUGUUUGUGGAACAGAUGGAUGCCAAGAACAAGCUGACGUGCUCCAUCUGCCUGAAGGAGUUCAAGAGCCUGCCUGCCCUGAACGGCCACAUGCGGUCCCACGGGGGCAUGAGGGCCUCCCCCAGCCUCAAACAGGAGGAAGGAGAGAAGGCCCCGCCACCGCAGCCCCAGCCACUGCCGCCUCCACUGCCACCGCAGCUCCCUCCUGAGGCAGAAAGCCUCACGCCUAUGGUCAUGCCCGUGUCUGUCCCUGUCAAGCUUCUCGUGCCCAAGCCCAGCUCUCAGGGCUUCGCCAACAGCGUCGUUGCCGCCCCCUCCGCCAGAGACAAGCCAGCCAGCUCGAUGUCGGACGACGAGAUGCCCGUGCUCGUGAGGAUGACCCUCUCUCCCCCACACUCACCCCCAGGGGCUGUCCCCUGCACGCCUGCUGCACCAGCCUGGGCUGAGGAAUUGCCAGGGGCUGCAGCUGGGGCAGGCACUGGCCUGCAGGACCGGGGAGGGUACCUCAAACUGCCCCCAGCCUUCCUGCAGACGCCCACGCCGCGCGUGCUGCUGUGUCGCUCCAACAGCAUCGAUGGCAGCAAUGUGACAGUCACCCCCGGGCCGGGAGAGCAGACCGUUGAUGUUGAACCGCGCAUCAACAUUGGCUUGAGAUUCCAAGCAGAGAUCCCAGAACUGCAGGAUGUCUCUGCCGUGGCCCAGGACACACACAAGGCCACAUUGGUCUGGAAGCCCUGGCCAGAGCUGGAAAACCAUGACUUCCAGCAAAGAGUGGAGAAUCUCCUGAAUUUGUGCUGUUCAAGUGCGUUGCCAGGCGGAGGGACCAAUUCUGAAUUUGCUUUGCACUGUCUCUUUGAGGCCAAAGGUGAUGUGAUGGCUGCUCUGGAAACGCUGCUGCUGCGGAAGCCAGUCAGGUUAAAAUGUCAUCCUUUAGCCAGUUACCACUAUGCCGGUUCGGACAAGUGGACCUCCCUAGAAAGAAAACUGUUUAACAAAGCACUAGCCACUUACAGCAAAGACUUUAUUGUUGUACAGAAGAUGGUGAAGUCUAAGACGGUGGCUCAGUGCGUGGAGUACUACUACACGUGGAAGAAAAUCAUGCGCUUGGGUCGGAAGCACCGCACACGCCUCACGGAGCUCGCGGAUGACUGUAUGACAAGCGAAGAAGAAGAAGAGUUGGAGGAGGAGGAGGAGGACCAGGAAGAAGAUAGGAAAUCCACAAGAGAAGAGGAGAGUGAAGUGCCCAAGUCCCCGGAGCCGCAGCCAGGCCCGGUCCUGGCUCCCGCGGAAGGGCCGCCCCUGCAGGCCCUCGGCCAGCCCACAGGCUCCUUCAUCUGUGAAAUGCCCAACUGCGGGGCUGUGUUCAGCUCCCGACAGGCACUGAACGGCCACGCCCGCAUCCACGGUGGCACCAACCAGGUGACCAAAGCUCGGGGCGCUGUCGCCUCUGGGAAGCAGAAGCCGGGCAGUGCCCAGAGCGGGUACUGCUCGGUGAAGAGCUCGCCCUCUCAUAGCACCACCAGCGGCGAGACCGACCCCACCACCGUCUUCCCCUGCAAGGAGUGCGGCAAAGUCUUCUUCAAGAUCAAAAGCCGAAACGCACACAUGAAGACGCACAGGCAGCAGGAGGAACAGCAGAGGCAAAAGGCUCAGAAGGCGGCUUUUGCGGCGGAAAUGGCAGCCACGAUCGAGAGGACUACGGGGCCGGUGGGGGCGCCGCGGCUGCUGCCCCUGGACCAGCUCAGUCUGCUCAAACCCAUCAAGGACGUGGACAUCCUCGACGACGACGUCGUCCAGCAGCUGGGAGGCGUCAUGGAAGAGGCCGAGGCCGUGGACACCGAUCUCCUCUUGGAUGAUCAAGACCCCGUUUUGCUUCAGGGGGACACGGAACUGUAAAGGCCUGCUUGUCGCUCAGAGACGGCGAAGCUCGCGGCCUCCUCCGUCUUCACGCAUCAGGAAGCCUGGACUGCCUGCUUGUUCUGUAACCAUUUUAAACUACCUGUUUAAAAAAUGGUCGUUUUAUUCAGGUUUAGAAGAAAAAAAAUCCAGUUUCUUUUCCUUUUAUUUAAAUCUGUUUUCUUGUGGGAGGUUGGGGGGAAUAAAUAAUUGGCACAACUCUCCGUAA